CGCCAAUCGCUAUCUCGGCAUUUGGUACCACAAAUUCCCCGUACAAACCGUCGUCUGGGUCGCCAAUCGCCGGAAUCCGAUACACGAUCUAAAUGCCACACUGUCGAUCACUGCCGACGAUGCGUCUCUCUAUCUCAUGACCUCCGCUUCUAGAUACCGGUAAUUUUGUGGUGAAAUCGUCCAAUUCUAGCUCCAUCUUAUGGCAGAGUUUCGACCACCCAACAGACACCAUGCUCCCAGGUAUGAAGCUUGGCCCUAACCUGAAAACCGGCAUCGACCGCAAUAUCACGGCAUGGCUGAGCGUCUCCGAUCCAUCGCCGGGAAAAUAUGCCAUGGCGAUCGACAUAAUCGGCGUUCCCCAGAUGGUCAUCCGCGACGCCUCUGGCAACUGGAUCUGGCGUGGUGGACCAUGGAACGGCUUCGGCUUCUCCGGCGCCGGCCCUAAUCAAUACUUUGACCUUGGAUUAUACCGAGAAUUCAUCUCCGGCUUCAAUGUCAGUACGGAGGAGAUCUACUACUACUUCAACUCCGUCGGAGAUGCCAUUUCUAUAAUUACCAUGGAUGAAAACGGGACAGCCAGGCGUUACGGAUGGCAAGCGUCUUUGCAGAAGUGGGAUCUCUACUGGUUAGCGCCGAGCGACCCCUGCGACUUCUUUUCAACAUGCGGAAUCAACGCCUUCUGCAACGGGAGCAGCUCGCCGAUAUGUCGUUGUCUUGAUGGGUUCGAUCCGAAGAAUCCGGCGAGUUGGAGCCGGGGAAAUUGGUCAGAUGGGUGUGUGAGAGUGGAGCCUCUUGGCUGCGGCACAAAUGGAACCGAUGAGUUCAUGUUGGUGCGCGGUUCGAAGCUGCCGGACACGACGGCGGCGGUGGCGAAUACGACCUUGGACUUGGAUGGGUGUAGGGCAAGGUGUUUGAUGAAUUGCUCCUGUAAAGCUUACGCGAGCGCUGAUCUCAGCAUGGGAGGAAAUGGAUGCAUUAUUUGGAUGGCGGAGAUUAAAGAUCUCAGGGUUUAUGCGGACGGCGGGCAGGAUCUUUACGUCCGGAUCGCACCGCCUGGUAAAGGGAGCAAGAGAAAGCGAUGGAUUUUUGUCCUGGCAUCAGUACCUACUGUUUUGUUCUUGUUGAUAACUUUGAUAUGUGUCUUUAUGAUAAGGAGACGAAAAGGCAAAUAUUUUGCCGGGGAGCAAUUAAUUUCCUCUCCAAAUUGGGCUGAUGAAAUCAUGCAUCAAGGCAAAGAAGGGAAUUCAGAAAUAUUAUUGUUUCAAUUUACUCAAAUAGUGAAUGCCACAAACAACUUCUCAGAUAUCAACAAGCUUGGGGAAGGUGGAUUUGGGCCUGUUUACAAGGGAAAAUUACCAGAUGGACAAGAUAUAGCAAUCAAAAGACUAUCUGCAAGAUCAGGGCAAGGGUUGGAGGAGUUCAAAAAUGAAAUUUUAUUAAUCGCUAAACUACAACAUAGGAAUUUAGUAAGAUUAUUAGGUUGUUGUAUAUGGGGUGAAGAAAAGAUGCUUGUAUAUGAGUUCAUGCCUAAUAAAAGCUUGGAUCUCUUUCUUUUUGAUGUUGAACAAGGAUUAAAAUUAGAUUGGAGAAGUCGUUUCCAAAUAAUAGAAGGGGUAGCUCAGGGGCUUCUCUAUCUUCACAAACACUCCAGAUUAAGAAUCAUUCAUCGAGACUUAAAGGCAAGCAAUAUUCUACUGGAUACUGAUAUGAACCCCAAAAUCUCAGAUUUUGGCAUGGCGAGGAUCUUCGAUGCUAAUGAAGCCCAAGCGAAUACUCGAAGGAUUGUUGGAACAUACGGUUACAUGUCUCCAGAAUAUGCUUUCAAGGGUCUCUUCUCCGUCAAGUCUGAUGUAUUUAGUUUUGGAGUGCUCCUUCUAGAGAUUGUAAGUGGGAAGAGAAACGCCGGUUUUUAUGAAUUUGAUUCUUGGAGCAAUCUUCUUGCCUAUGCUUGGGAUUUAUGGAAAGAAGGAAACUGGAAGGAACUUGUGGAUCCUGCAUUAGAUAACCAAUUUUGGUAUGAUGAGGUGACAAGAUGCGUCUAUGUGGCGCUUCUGUGUGUACAAGAGAGUCCAGAUGAUCGCCCGGUUAUGUCCGACGUCGUUAGUAUGCUUAGCAAUGGAAGCUUAAACUUCAGUAGUAUCAAACCACCUGCAUUUUUUGCUAUGAAAAAUGCUUCAGGUUCUAAACGGCCAUUAAAUCUGCAUGUAAAUGAUGCUUCUAAUGGCCUUUCUGUUUCAAUUGUAGCAGGCCGUUAACAUUAACCUGCUCAUUUGUUUUGUAAAUUCUGUGACUUAGAUCAGAAAUAUGAAAAAAAAAAAAAAAAUAAUGGGAUAAAUAUGGGGUUGAAGGAUUGAGAAUUGUACAUACUUGUUGUUUGGAUUAUUUUAGUAGGCUUCUAUGAUGAUGAUGAUAGUUUGAUUGCUAUUCCUUGUAGGAGGGAUAAUGUGUUUUUAUAUAAUGAGCUUAUGUUCCAAUUAUUUUAUGAAA